UGGGAAAGAAUGUGGAGAAGGUUUCACACGAAUUGGGAGCCGCCGCCGGCUAUAAAAGGGAAGGGGGAGCCGCAGACAGAGAGACACUCCGCCUCUGCCUCCUGCCCUUCAGUCCUCCCUCUGCACGGCUCUUUCCAAGCCGGGAAGCUCCCUCCCGCAUUUGGAGUCCAGUUUGGAAAGGGCGCAAACCCGAAUCGGGACCAGGAUGCCGGCGGAUACCAUGGAGAAGCCCACCGCCUCCCCCAUUGCGGGGGCUCCGGCCAGCUCCAGCCAGACCCCCGACAAGCCCAAGAGUGCCAGCGAGCACAGAAAGUCUUCCAAGCCCAUCAUGGAAAAGCGCCGCCGGGCCAGGAUUAACGAGAGCCUCGGCCAGCUCAAGACUCUCAUCCUGGACGCCUUGAAGAAAGACAGCUCCAGGCACUCCAAGUUGGAGAAAGCAGAUAUCCUGGAAAUGACCGUCAAGCACCUGCGAAAUCUCCAACGAGCCCAGAUGACAGCCGCUCUGAGUGCCGACCCGACCGUUCUGGGCAAAUACCGUGCCGGAUUUAACGAAUGCAUGAACGAAGUCACCCGUUUCCUUUCCACCUGCGAGGGCGUGAACACCGAAGUCCGCGGCCGCCUCCUAGGACACCUCUCCACAUGCCUGGGCCAGAUCGUGGCCAUGAAUUACCCGCCACCCCCGCCACCACCUCCGGCCGCCACCGGGCAGCCGGCGCAUAUGGCGCAACCUCUGCACGUCCAGAUGCCGGGCCCAGCGGCCCAAGGCGGGGCCAUGCCCGUGCCGUGCAAACUCAACCCCGGCGAAAGCAUGUCCCCCAAGGUCUACAGCGGGUUUCAGCUGGUGCCGGCGACCGAUGGCCAGUUCGCUUUCCUCAUCCCCAACCCAGCUUUCCCGCCUGGCAGCGGGCCGGUGAUUCCUCUCUACGCCAACGCAAACAUGCCCGUUUCCUCUGGCGGCUCGACAGCAACUCCUUCCGUCUCCCCGGUGCAAGGUCUCACAUCCUUCGGAGGGAGCUUAGCGCCCGUCUCCCAAGCCGGCGGGGAGCGCGGCGAAACCGUCUGGCGGCCGUGGUGACUGUCCUUUACCUUUCGCCUCCCUCCGCCGUUGACAAAAGACACAUAUGUGAAUUUGGCUCCGUUGUAUGGAGCCAGGACUUUGGAGUUUUUGUCCUGUUUGUAAUUUUCCUUUCUUCCUACGAACUCUAUUUAUUUGUUUCCAAAGGUCUUGUAUUUUUACUCCCUUUUUUUUUUCUAAAAAAAAAUAAUUGAAAACAAAAAUGUUGUGUGAAAUAUAAAAAAAAAGUCUUAGUUUUUUUUAUCAAAUUUUCCCACAUGCUAUGCCAAAGCUUCUUUCUCUCUGUGUGUGUACGUAUGUCUGAGAGAGUGAGUCUGUGUAUGCGAGUCUGAGGAUUUUCCUUUUGUUUUGAAAAGACUAUUGGAAGAUGUUUAUACAAAUAAACUUUCUUGAACUAGAA